AACAAUCAACACAAUCAUUUCAAUGGAUUUCAUAGUUCGCACACAAUGAAUCAAGUUCCUCAUUUUUCUACCAGAAUGGAUUCAUCUCAUGAGGGAGGCACGCUUCAUACACAGCAUACAAUACACACCCCUCUUCAAUCCCAAAUUCCAGGAAUGAUUCCCUUAAUACCUCUCUUGGGACAAAACUCUGGGAUCUUGCAUUCAAAUGCACCUGGCCAGGUUACUUCUGUAACACUUCCUGAGUCUCUGAAUGAAGAACAGCUACAGACGUUGGCGGAGACCACGCGUGAAUCUAUGGUUCAAAGAUUACGUUUGCUAGAAGGUGUUCAAAGUCAAAUAUUUCAUAGUAUGCAAAUUCUUGCAGAAGCGCUUAGUGUCGUUCCUACUAAUGAUAUGCGAUCUGCAUCACAAAGCGAAACUUCUAAUGCAUUCACAUCAACAUCCCAACCCACUGGACAAUCCAGCUCUCUAUCGCCAAACACAUCUACCACUCCUACAUCUUCAGCAUCUACACUCUCUGACGAGCCUUUGGAGACUUCUUCUUCAAACAAGCAAAAAAAGGGAAAGAUGCCUGACUAUAGUACACGUCUGGAAGAUGUGAAUACCAACGACUCUUCUAGUGACAAAGAAUGAUUAUUGAGACAUUUGCAAAUAAAUAUACUGUAUUUUCACU